AUGUGUGAGAGAUACUCUGUGGCGUCUGUGACCGACGGCUCUUCUGAGUUUUAUGUGGCUGGUGCUCCUCGUGCCGUUCACAGAGGACAGGUUGUAGUUUACAGCAUGAACAGCCAGAAUCAGCCGGUCAUCAUAGAUUCACAGAGAGGAGAUCAGAUCGGCUCUUAUUUUGGCAGCGUUCUCUGUCCUGUUGAUGUGGACACUGACGGUGUGACGGAUCUGCUGCUGGUCGGAGCUCCGAUGUACAUGAGCGAGGAGAAAUCUGAAACAGGAAGAGUCUACAUCUUCACCAUUACCAAGGGUAUCUUGAGUAACCAGGGUUUCUUGGAGGGUUCUCAAAAGAAUGCUCGGUUUGGGACGGCCAUCACUGCCGUCCCCGAUCUAAACCUAGAUGGCUUCAGCGACGUUGUGGUUGGCGCUCCGCUGGAAGGCAAUGGCCAAGGUGCCAUUUACAUCUACUAUGGAGACAGAAAAACCAUCAGAAAGCAGAGCUCACAGAAAAUUGUCGGAACGAAACUGGACCCAGCGUUGAAGUUCUUCGGCCGCUCUCUAGACGGCAGAGGAGAUAUGAACGGAGACUUCAUCCCAGAUGUGGCGGUGGGGGCUUUUGGGAAAGUGGUCCAACUCUGGAGUAGAGGAGUUGCAGUGGUCACGGCCAAGGUUUCCUUCACCCCUGACAAGAUCAGUAUCCUGAGUAAACCGUGCCGCUAUAGUGGGAGGCAGGUGUCCUGCUUCAAGGCUAAAGUGUGUUUUAGUGCAACAUUUAAACCAGCGAAUCCACUUGGGCCAGCGGAUAUCAAGUACAACUUGACCCUGGAUGCCGACCUGCAGUCGUCCCGGGUCAGUCCUAGAGGUCACUUCAGCAACUUGGAUCGAGUUGUCCAGAAAGACAUCAGCGUCUCUGCGCAGAACGUAUGUGAAGAGCAUGACGUCUAUGUGCAGGAGACCCCUGACCUCGUCAACUCAAUUGCUUUGCGUGUGGAUGUGGUCCUCAGCCAUCCAGAUGCCAACCCCGUUCUGGACGUCUUCAGUCCUAAUGCGUGGGAAUUUUUUAUCCCGUUCUCAAAGGACUGUGGCGAAGAUGACGUUUGCUUCAGUGACUUGGUACUGACUGCACAGAGUGAAGAGACACUUGGCAAAACUUCACUUGUGGUGAGCCAGAACAAGAGAAGACUCUCCUUCACUGUGAUCGUGAUGAACAGGAAGGAGAAUGCAUACAAUGCACGAGUGUCAGCCAGCUACUCCAGUAACCUGUUCUACGCUUCUGUUACACCACAGACUGAGGGAGCAGAGGUGAAGUGCACUCUGAUGAAAGAAUCAGACACACUCAUCUGCCAAGUGAGUUAUCCAGCGCUGAGGACGGACCAAUCGGUUACAUUUGUGGUCAACUUUGACUUUAACUUGAAUCAGCUUCAAAAAGAUGUCAAUGUUGUCUUUGAGGCUUUAAGUGACAGCACAGAGGAAACUCCCGCUGAUAAUAAGAUCUCUGUCUCCAUUCCUGUCCAAUACAACUCUGAGAUCAUCCUCAGCAGAGAAUCAAACAUCGAUGUUUACUUGCUUGAAAAAGAGAACAGUUUCACAACCACAGUGAGGAAAUUCAAGGACAUCGGCCCAGAUUUGAACUUUAAUUUAAAGGUUUCUACAGGAGUGGUCCCAGUCAGCCUGGUUUACCUCACUGUCUCUUUGCCCAACAGCACCAAAGCAGGAAAUCCUCUCCUCUACACGACCAGCAUUAAAACCUCACCUGCUGAAAAAAUCCAUUGUGCAGACAGUCAACUGAUCGACCCGUUUAAGAUCAGCGAGAAACCUUAUAUGGUCCGAUUCAAAGAGGAGAGUUUUAGAGGAACAGAUGAACUGAACUGCAAAACGGCCAAAUGCCGCUUACUGCAAUGCGUCCUGAAGGGCCUACAGGAGAAGAGUGAUUAUUAUGUGAAUGUAACGACAAACAUAUGGAAUGGUACCUUUGCAAUGGCUGAUUUUCUGUACACCGUGCUCUCUGUGAGAGCUGAUAUAGAGACGUCUCAACCGGAGCUGCUGUUCAUCAAACAGAAACACCUGCAGGUUGAAGUCAAAGUGAGCAAACCUGGAGCUAAAGGGGACGUUCCAGUGGGUGCCAUUAUAGGAAGUGUUAUCGGGGGUCUGCUGUUAUUGGCUCUUGCCGUCGCAUUGCUUUGGAAGCUUGGAUUCUUCAAGAGGAAGUAUCAGCCGAUGAUAAACAGGGAGGAGAAUGGAGCGGAAAAUCAGGAACUGCAGGAAAACAGCGAGACACCCUAAGAAUUCUGCCGAGACUCAUUUGGCAAUAUCACUGCUUUCUUCCCUGACACUAAUAGCCAGAAAAGGGCUAGAAAGAGCAAACUGUGUUUUUAAAAAUUGCCAAUUUGAUUUCAGCGCGGCAAGUCAAAUAUUGGCAUUCAAAACCCAUUCAUCUUUCAUAUGUCUUUUCCCCUGCUUGACUCGAAUGCUGGUGUAUCUUUUUGGCAGUCUUACCACUUCCAGUCAUUUUCUGAGUAGUUAGUAUUUAGCUAGAUAUUUUUUACUAUUGACUCAUGCCCAAAGUAUACUUCUCUUUGUGUGUAGCUUUUCAAAGUAUCCUCCAUUUGAUAGUGUGCACAGGCGCUGGACACAUGCACAUUAGAGUCACCCUUGUCCAGUGUCUGCGCUAUUUCUCUUCAGAAGUUAUGAGUGAUGAGAGUCUUUGUACUCAUUUAAACUAAAGUUGCAGGUCUCCAUCCACCACAGAAGCACUUGUCAAUACGGGCGUCUGUUGUUGUUGCCAUCUUUAUUAGUUUAUUGUUCUAGUUCGGUCUCCUCUGUUCCUUUUCUGAUUGAGAAACAACGGCCUGGGACUGUGUGCCACCUUGUGGAGCAACUAGUUACCCCUAACCUACCCCUUACAAUAAUGCAAAAAUAGUAAUUAUUGUUGUACAGUGUGACAAAAAUGAUGCUAUAUUGAUGUGUGCAUGCCCAGUAGCCACAGCUGUAUCCCUUCUAGCCUUAACCCUGUUCGAUUGCAGGUUCUUCCAGAGUCGACUCCCUAUCGACUCGCUGUUACUUGCAGGGUCAGCAAUAAGAAGAGACAAGGUCUUUGCACACCGAGUCCGAAAUUUUCACACGUUAAAAAAUAGAUACGACCUCACGUUGUGUCAAUCAUGUUUACACACUGCCUACGAAACUUUCGUCCGUCAUAAAAAAAAAUUAGGACCAGGUUUGUUUUUCUGUGUUUUCACAUCCGUAGGAAGCAUAUUGAUGGGAAAGGAUGACGAAUAUGAAAAAAACCCCAGAAAACAACGCAUACGAAAAUUUCGAACUCGGUGUGCAAGGACCUUUACAAUAUAGCAGUCUUUAUAUUACACACUAAAUUAUUUUUAUUUUUUUGGUGACAAAAACUUUAAACAUUAAAAUACACUUUAACCAUGGCUAAUAAUUCCAAUUUAGAGAUGACAUUACUUUGAAAUUAUGAGUAUCACCAUUUUUUAGUUGUUGCCAAUACAUACAACAGCCAUGUCAGAGUUAAAUGAAUGAGAGAAAACAUAUUCUUCGGAUUAAUAUAAUGGCCAGGUGAGGGCAUUGUGACAGUUGUUUCUAUGUCAACCCAGUGAAGUCAGUGUCCGAUUUCCUGGCUUUAUUUGGUUCACUCCUUGGCGAUAUAGUGCACUCAACUGGCGAGCACUAUAUAGGGACUAGUGAAUGAGUGAGGAAUUUCAGACACAGCAAUGGAGUCAACAACGAGUCGAUUCCUGUGCUAGAGUUGACCCCAAGACUAUGGCUAUUCAGAGUCAAGGAAUCAGCUUUUUGGUGUUGACUCCCCAUAUCUACAUUGCACAAAUGGUUAAGAAAAAUUGGGCUGAAUGUGCAUAUAGGGUCACACACCAUACCAAAGAUUUUAGAGGUAUGCAUACCCUAACAUACUAGGCCUAAAGAGAUAAUUUGUGGCAUAUGAGUAAAAUGACCUUUGAGUCAUUGACUAACUUAAUUGAACAAAUUUGAUCAUUUAUUUUAUAUACUGGAGUACUAAAAUUCCCCAAAAUUCUAAAGCAUACCAGGCAUAUGUUCCAAAUUAUACAGUAUCAGUGAAAAUAAGCCUUCACAAAAUUGUAGUGAGACCAUUUCAGCAAUACCAAAUUGCAACCUCAAAAAUGUUUUAUGCCCAAAGCAGCAAAACACUGGUAAGCAGGUUUUUUUGUGAAUUCUACCGCUGCCACUGUUGUCCAUACUAUGUAAACAUGAGCAAAUAACUCCAGUAGUAAGCAGUGCCCCUGUAUGCAACACAUCAGGGAAAUGGACUAACACUGAAUGAGAAAAUAAAUGAUUGUGACUACUUGCACAAAUGAAUCAAGUUAGUAAAGUAAAAACACUUUAAAAACUUAACAUUAAAUCUUACAUUAACAAAUGAUGUAAUAAUGCAAGAUUUUUAAAGUGUUGUCUGCAUUGUUUCUUAUUACUAACUUGCCAUUUAUAAACAUAAAAUACAGCAUAAUGUUAUCCGCGAAUGUAUGACAUUUCAAACUAUUUGACUGCAUUAACAAAUGAUCUAAGCAUUAUAUGAUGUAGUCAAAUCUUCUGAAAUGUCAAACAUAUUUGCAUGUAUAUGAAAGUGUUGUCAGUAAAUUGCUACAUGAAUUCAGGGUAUAACUUCUACUGAUGCUGUUAUGUGGCGUUUUUAGGAAAUCUUUGAGGCUAGACUAAUCGAAGGCAACAUAAAUGACAACGAUUUCCCUUAAUGUUUACAUAAUGUUUUUGCACUGGUACUUUUUUAAGACUUUCUAUUCAAGAGAAGAGUAGAAUAUGCUCUUUUGAUUAAAAUCUUUGUUUCAUCAGGUGUUACAGGAAAACUUUGAGCUUUGUAUUUUUUUCAAUAAAAACCUCUUGAUG